CACUCUACUAAACCGCGUUCAAAGCUUUGGCUCUCCCAGUCCACCUCACACUCCUGCAACUUCCUAAUCCCAAUUCCCUCCUAUCACUCAACACCUCAGUGCACUUAACUUUCCCCAAAUGAAAAAAAUACAAGUGACCCCAGCAAGUUGUAUUCGAAAGUCGCGAGUAAAGUGCACAAUGGUGAAAAUCGAGCGCUUGACUGACAACAUCCACCUCGGGGAAGCCCCCCAUUGGGACGCCGAAUCCGAGAGCCUUUUCUACGUGGACAUCCUCGGAAUGACGAUUUACAAAUACACCCCUGCGACUAAAAAGUGCACCAAAGCCUCAGUUGGUGUAAAUUUAGUGUCGUUCAUUAUCCCUAUCGAAGGAGAGAAAAACCAAUUCGUGGUGUCUUUAGGACGCGAAAUCGUCCGCAUUUUCUGGAACAGUGAAACCGAGGACGUCAAAGUGGUGGAGAAGUUGGCAGAAGUGGAAGAUUCGCCCGAAUUUGCCGACAACCGAUUCAAUGACGGGAAAUGCGACCCUUCAGGGAGGCUAUGGGCCGGCACUUUGAACACCAAAGCGGAAAAACCGCUAGUCUACCCGCCAAAAGGCACACUCUACAGUUUAGACGCCGAACGAAAUGUUAAAAAUCACGUGAGCAGUUUGAGGAUUUCAAACGGGAUGGCUUUCAACCCCAAACUCAAAGCUAUGUAUUUUAUAGACUCUGCGAAAGGGACUGUGGACCAUUACAACUUCGAUAUGGCCGCAGGAACAAUUUCAAACCCUCGCCCAAUUUUCACCUUGAGCAACCACGGCAUUAAAGGCAUUCCCGACGGAAUGACCAUUGAUAUUGAUGGUAAUUUAUGGGUGGCGAUUUUUAAUGGGGGGAAAAUUAUCAGGAUUGACCCCAGACGGCCUGAGACGCUUCUAGACGCCAUAGAAAUGCCAGUCAGACAAGUAACUUCACUCGCUUUUGGGGGGGCUUAUCUAGACGAGUUGUAUGUCACAACAGGGGCUUACAAAAUCGACGACCAAGACCUGCCCCCGCCUGAUAAUGGGGCCCUUUACAAAAUCACCGGUUUGGGGACGAGGGGAUUACCCGCAGCCAAAUUCCGACUUGUUAAUAUGUAAAAAAAUGAGAAAAUUCUGUUGUUUACGAGGUGUUUUAAUGUACUUAAAUUUGCUUGUAAAUAUAAAAGAGAUAAUAAAAGAUUUUAACACUUG